AUGGAUUUGAGUAACCACUGGGCUAGAAACUUCUCAGGCAAAUUACACAAUAUCCAUAACGGUCCGACAUUGUCAUCUAUUUUUGGUCUGGAUGCUAACUAUAAGCAAGAUGUUAAUAUUUCCAAUGUUCAUGUAGCUGAAGUUAAGCCGUUUAGUAUUCGCAGAUUAGCGAAAACUUUAAUUCUAGGUUCCCCCAUUGAAUCGGUUGCUUUAAAUAAAGAUAACACUGGCAAAAUAAAGAAGAGAGGUGCUAUUGUUCUAAGUAGUUACGGAAGUUGCGCUGAUUUGAAACGUCCCAAAAUAAAUUCGGCGGAUAAAAUCUGCAGAAGUAGAACUGAUGAUAACUUACAGAAAGCACUUCUUGGUCUAAUACAAGAUAUGUCCUCAGAGGAUGCGAUAGAACUCUGUCGAAAUGUGUCUCUUUUUCAAAAAUGUAAUAAGUUUGGCAAUUCCAGUAUUCUUUCAUUAGGGUCCGAUACCAAAGAUAUAACUGAUAUUGUCUUUGAUAAUAUCCCUGCAAAUAUUGGACUCGAAAGCAUAGUAUACCAAUUACAAGGAGGUCCGAUUGCUAAAAUACAGGCAGUUCCACAUGAGUCAAAUGUAGAUCAAUUAAAAAAACUUCAUGUUAAAUUUACUACUUCAAAGGCUGCAAGUGACUUCAUGAAACUUGGUACAAGAAAUAUGUUUAAAGUUAAUGGUGUCUAUUUGCGACCUAAAUGGGUACAAUUCUGUGAAACUAAAACUGAUAAAUGGUAUCAAGACCUCAUAAAACAAAAUACUUCAAAAAACGUUUGCAGAUGUAUUAUUUUAAAGAGGUAUCCCACAAAGAAUAAUAUGAGAUAUAUUCAAUCUACUAAGCAGCCUCCUUUAGAAAACAUAGACGUUAAUGCAAUAAGAAGGGAUUUCGAAAAUUACGGUAACAUACUUGAUAUAACACCAGUUAUAUCAAGAAAACUAUGUAUAUCAAUUGUUUACUAUGAUAUUUUCAGUGCUAUGAAGGCAAUGAUGUCUUAUGAAGAUAACACUUCGUUUCUACAUGAAAAUUACUACGGUAAAUGGGCCAUUUGGUAUGGAAAGGAUAUAUCAGAUCGACCGGUAAUCCCAGUUUGA